AUGCAUGCAUUAGGGCCUAGUUUGAGGUGGGGUGGGGAGAGAUAUAGCCUAGUUUCUUCCCGGACCUGCACCCUUCACGAAGCAGAUAUGAUCCUCCUGAGCCCGUCGAAGAGUGUUUACAGCCCUACGUUGUUGCCGUGUUUGACCGUCAAACUGGAGCGUCGUUGGCGGGUUUCGGUCCGGCCCCAUUCGCUUAAGUCAAGUUGGGCCGAAGGGAGGGGCUGUGGUUUCGAGAACUUCAGCUUUGGGAUCCGGUUGUUCCGAGACAAUCGGAUGUUCUUGGCAGACAAAACUGAUCCGAAAGGCAUCAAAGUGGGUUUCACACCACAAUCCCUUGGUUCAAUGUAA